AUGGACGCUAUGCAAGUGCCAGUUCAUAGAUACACAGUGAGGGUUUUUACAGGCCGCCUUGAAUAUGCAAGUACUUUUAACAAUGUGUACAUCAAACUGGUGGGCGAGCAGGGACUAAGCAGCACACGAACUUUGCUCAAGGGGGAUGACCGCUUUCCCAGAGGAUCUAAAUCGAGCUUCAGUGUGGCAGUCCAUGGAACUCCGGGGUUAAUGGCAGAUGACCCCCUGGGGGAUCUGAUCCUGGUGGAGCUGGACAAGCAGCCACUGCGGCUGUUCCCUGUGGACUCCUGGUUUGUGGAGAAAGUGGAGGUGACCUCUCCAAUGGGACGAAUUUUUACAUUCCCCAUGUACCACUGGAUCGAUGAUGUUAAAGUGCACUUUUUUCGAGAGGGGAAAGCGGUGAAGGUCUUUGAAGAACUUAACAUUCUCGCUAAAGAAUCAAGAAGAAUGGAGUUGCAAGACCGACAAAGGGAAUACUGUUGGCACACAUACGCUGAGGGCAUACCCCACUGUAUUAAAGCAGACAAACCUGAACACCUGCCGGACGAAGUCAGGUUUGCUUUCACAAAGGCCACCGAAUUCGAGUGGAAUUCUAAACAGGGGCUCUGUGAGAUGAAGCUGUCUCAUUUGGAUAAAAAUGGGAAGCCUUGGACAGAUUUUGAUUCUAUUGAGCGUGUGUUUAGCUGCCAUGCAACUGCUUCUUCAGAGUAUGUACGUGCUCACUGGAAGGAAGAUGCUUUCUUUGGUUACCAGUUUCUGAAUGGUAUCAACCCCAUAUUGAUCCAACGCUGCAGCAGUCUGCCCAGUAACCUCCCACUCACUGAAGAGAUGGUCCGUCUGGAGGGCGGGGCCACGCUGACUGAUGAGAUGCAGAGAGGAAACAUCUUCCUGUGUGACUACAAGAUUUUGGAUGGAGUAAAGCCGAAUGUUGUCAAUUCUAAAGAGCAGUACCUGGCGGCCCCUCUUGUUCUUUUUCACAAUACUCCUGAGAACGAGUUGAAACCCAUUGCCAUUCAGCUCAAACAGACUCCAUCGUCAGACAACCCCAUCUUUUUCCCUUCUGACCCAGAGUACGACUGGAUAUUGGCCAAGACUUAUGUGAGAAGUGCAGAUUUUAAUUAUCAUGAGCUGAACGUGCACCUGCUUCGCACUCACCUGCUGGCCGAGGCCUUCUCCAUGUCUUUGCUGCGAAACGUGCCCCGGGUGCACCCUCUGUACAAGCUUCUUGUCCCUCACACCCGUUACACUCUACAAAUAAAUCUGUUGGCCAGAAACUUACUUAUUUCGGAGCUCGGAGUUCUGACACGUUUCGCUGCCGCUGGUUGGGAGGGCAUGAUGACCAUCCUGCAGAGGUCGCUGGCUGCUGUCACAUACAGAUCCCUCUGUAUCCAUGACAACAUUCAAGAGAGAGGGAUGGAGUCAGUGCCCAACUACUACUACAGGGACGAUGGACUGCAGCUGUGGGACAUCAUACACAGGUUUGUGGCAGGAGUGAUAAACCACUACUAUAAGCUGGACACGGACAUCCAGCAAGACACCGAGCUGCAGGCUUAUAUCCAGGACAUAUUUGAACAUGGCUUCCUGUCUAAAACUGAGUCUGGGAUCCCCCAGAGCUUCAACACUGUGGGCGAGCUUGUGAAGUUUGUCACUAUGGUCAUUUUCACCUCCUCAGCCCAGCACUCUGCUGUCAACUCUGGGCAGAUCAGCUUUGGGAAUUGGAUGCCCAACUUUCCAAGUACUUUACAACUUCCUCCACCGACCGUGAAGGGCAAUGUGACUGAGAACACACUCCUGAUGAUUCUCCCUGACGUCAAUGCCACCGUGAACAUCUUGGCAACCCUCAAGCUGCUCAGCACACAGUCCACAGUCGACUUUGUUGCGAUUGGCCAGUACCCUCAAGAGCUUUUCACAGAGGACUACUGCCGCUUUCUGAUUGAGAAGUUUCAAAAGGAGCUGGCAGAUCUGGAUGCAGUUAUUGACAUGAGGAACGCAAAGCUGAAGUUCCCAUACACAAGCAUGGGGCCCAAAUUCAUGGAAAACAGCGUGUCUCUUUAA